CAGCCACAUUUCGUACUCGGUUUUGAUACAAUGUUUUUUAUAUCUGGAUUUCCAAGCGUUUAUUUAGACCAGUAGCAUAGAUAGCAGCGCUUUUUUGUAAUUUUAAAAGACUGGAAAGAUUUGUGCCAAAGGGAGCGAUAUGUAUAGAAAUAUGUCUUUAGUGGAACGAAAGAAGCUGCAAUGGGCUAAAGAAAAAGAAGAGAUGGCAGCCUUGUGCUCUCCAUUAUCUGCAGUCAAGUCCAUAGAAAGACUUGACAACAAGCUAGCUGUUAUUAAUCAAGAGUAUAGGAAAGAUCCCAGAAUUACACCUCGAAGAAGUAGCCUACCACCUCUCUACAAGAACAAUUGCUUAGAGAAGGAAAAAGAAAUUGGAGGUGAAACUUCUGGAUACGGAAGUGACCAUUCACCAGGUUGUGUAGAAACCUGGCAACAGUCAGGCUAUGAAUCUUCCUCCAGUCGAGAUGACAGACCCAAAUGGCAGGGUAGAGAAGAACCAUUCGACAAAGCUGCAAGUGAACCUCCCAAUUGGGUGAAAAGAGGUUUACAAGACGGGGAAAUAAUUGUCAGCAAUACUUCACCAGCAGAAUCACCUGAGCAAAGAUGUGAAGAUAGUGAACGACCCUACACUAGUUCUACCAGCUGCUCUCAACAACGAAAUACGUUCAUCAGAGGCCAGAACGUACGCAUAGACUCUGCAGAACUAGCCGAAAGGGAAAGAAGACGACAGAUAGCAAUAGCACACCAAGAAGCAAUACGUCGACAGUUGGAAGAAAGAGAACGUAGUCGGAAGGAAGAGCGUGAACGGAAGAUAAAGGAAGAGAUGGAAGAAGAACUGAGAAUCAAAAGAGAACAAGAAAUAGAAAAGCAAAAGAGAGAAGCUGAACUAAAGUCGAUUCAAGAGAAGCAAGAAAAGGAUAGGAAGAGAAAGGAAGCUAUACAAGAAGCAAUUGAGUUGGCUCAAAAAGAAGCACAACAGGAGAGAUUGAAACGAAAUAGAAAUGUCAAUCUACUAGAUAAUUGUAGCGAGAAGAAUUUGCCAAAGGAAGUGCCAGAAUACAGACCUGACGAAUUCGUAGAUAAUAAUGACAAUCUCAGCGAAUCUAACAAUUCCAAACAGGGCUCAAGCGCUCCUGAGAUGUUAAACAAUGAAUUAAGUAGUCUUGAAGUCAAAGGCAAAUCUAUGUCUACACCAAGAUCUUCAAGAGAAGACCAAAGUCAAUCUAAUACCUCUGAUCAACAGCAACCAAAGGAGCAGUUAAAUAAUCAACAACCAUUUGCUUUGACUCAAAACAAUACUCUAUCAGUUUCUAACCCUGACAAUCUAGCCUUGGUACUUCCUCCGCUAGAAUCUCUUCAUACCUACCAGUACGCUCUUUUGGUACCGACUACUCCUCAAACUUUACCAAUAGCAGUACCAAUAAACAUAAAUUCUGCUAGAAGUGAUCAGAGGACUGAGAAUAGGCUGUUAACUCCGACUCAAUACCGAAAUAAAAACAAAAGAUUAUGUGAUAGCGCUACUCAAACCGACGACUCGUAUUUCCGUGACGUUGCGAAUAAUGAGAAGUAUCUCAGGGAGAAGUUAACGAAUUUGGAGUUGAGUUAUGAAAAUAGAAAUAGAAAAGGUAGGAGGAGUAGAAGCGAGAGCUUGGAGGAUAGGCCCAAAUGGGGAGCUAACAGACCUCCAACAAGGUAUGUUAAGCAAAGUGAGAAAGAUCCUUUGUAUCAAAGGAGGAAGUUAAGACAGAAGAUGAGGGAAACGAAGAAUUACGAAGAUAAGAAUUCUAGUGAUGAUAGCAGAACCGCAUCUCCAAGGUACAGGAAGAAGGAUAAAAGAACACAAAGGCCGCUGUGGAGAAGAAACGACCAAAUGUUCACGAGAAACAUUAGAAUGAUGAAAACAGAAAUCAUCCCACUUGAGUCCGACAGAGACCAGCUCUACUACAAGAACAGUGCAUGCUAUUGCGGACGACACAGAUGUUCUCAAGAAAACGUCAGGGUUGAUAUCUUGAAGAUAGAGCGGUCGCCAAGGGAAACUUCUUGUCGCGAAGACCAGCGCGAGAGGCUUCCAGAUGUCAAUGAUGAUAUUAUUGAUAAGCUGUCAUGUUUGCACAAUGGUUUGAUGAUGAAAAGUGAACAAUGGGAAAAUAACUCCCAGAGUUCACUUUCUUCAGCGACUCGCAGGUAGUUCCAAUAGAAAAUACAUCUUCGAUACCACUUAAUAAAAAGGUAGGGGUAUUGCAUAAGCCCCUUUUGGAAAAAAUGCGCUCCAAACGUACUAACGACGUGUUUACAAUAAAAAGUGUAGAUAACAAAAACAAACUCAAUAUAUCAUGUAAGAGUUAUUUCAGCUUGAAGUAUGGCCAAGCUAGAUGAUUUUUUGACGACUAAGAAAAAGGAGGCCGCUCCUAUACUUGAUUUGUCCAAAUCGGCCGCCAGCAAUGAACAGGAAUUCAGGAGGUUGCUGGAGAAGGUUCCAGAGUUCAAGAUAAAGCCUGAAAGAGUGCUUCCAGAGCAAAUAAAGAUACGUGAGAAGCACUUUCGAUUCAAAAGCAGCAAGCGUGACACAAAGGUACUGAAAGAAAAAUAUGCUUUUAUGGACCCUUUGCCAGUGGAAAUGAAAGGUUUGAAAGUGGACGACUUGGCAGCUGUUUCUAUCGAUUGGAAAAUGCUGACCACUAUGCGUCCCAAGAAUAAAGCUGAGGAAAAUUAUUUUUCUAGAUUGGUAGAACUAGGAAAGCUUCAGCUCAAGAGCAGAGCACAUGAAAAGAGACAAGCCCAGUUUGGAUCGCAAAUCAGGAAAAGUAAAAAUAAAGCAGGAAUCUUAGAAACAAGGGCUAUUUCUUGUAUGGAGUGUGGCGAGGAAUUUUGUAAUGGUAAAAGCUGCACAAUAUUUUCCUACGACUCCUUUGCAAGGAUCCCUGAAUUGCCUCAGGUUACACAGAAGGCGGCUGCUCCAAGCACAAGCUCGAAGGGUAAGAUCAAAAUAAAAAGGAAGUCACGCUCUAAGAGCAGGGCUAAGAAGAGAGACAGGAAGAAGUCCAAAUCUCCUUCAAAAAGGGAUGCUUCCAAGACCAGCCGAAAAAGUGGAAAGAAGUGAUUCGGUUAUCAUGAAUAUGAGUAUUCAUUUAGAAGGGCAACAAGUGUAGAUUUAUGCCAAUAAAGCUUGUGAAAGAAAAAAA